AGCUUCUUUAGUUGUUGCUUUUAAAAAACACAAAAAUCAUCCUGUGAAAAUUCCAAGAAAAUUAAGGAAAAAUUAAUUAAAUGAAAAUUAUAUUACAUUAAGUCAACAGAACAUACACACCACAAUUAUUACUGAUACAAAUGUGAUAUAUUGAUACACAUCGAAGAGACAAAAAUACACGAAAGCAGAAUCGAAUAAUAAACAAAGAAGUUUCAUCAUGCCCACAUUGCUUGAAGCUUUAGAGGAGAAAUAUGGUGGAUUUGGACAGACGAGUGAUCUUAGUGAAGCAGAAGCUGAACUAAUAGUCUCUAUAUUUGUCCCGAAACGUCCACCACGGUUAAGUGUGCCUCAAGUUUUAGUGCUUAAUGAUUGUGGAAUCGAUCAAGCCGGCUCGGCUGAAGACUUGAAAAAGAAAUGCAACACGGUUAAAGAGCUUGAUUUGGCACAAAAUAAAUUGGAAAAUUGGAAUGAGGUCUUUAAUAUUUUAUCACACAUGCCUCGCAUAGAGUUUGUCAACUUAAGCUUGAAUCGCUUGCAAAUGCCGAUUAGAUCACCGCCAAAAAUGCGCAUAGAUAAUCUCAGAUCGCUUGUAUUGAACAACACGAGGCUUAACUGGUUCAGUGUUGAGGAACUUUUGAAGCUUUUGCCAUCCUUAGAGGAACUACAUUUAAGUUUGAACGAAUACACUAACGUAUUAUUAGAUACAGUAACUGAAGAUCAUGGAAAUAGUAAUAAUAAUAACAGCUCAUGUGAUCCUACAACAAUGAUGUCUACAGAUGAAUGCUGCGAUGAUGAAGAAAUAAACUGCACUGAAGGCUCAUCGUGCUGCAAUGGAUAUUUAAAGACAACAAGUGCCCAUGAAGGAGUUCGCAAGUUGCAUUUAAAUGGAAAUCCAAUAACAGACUGGCAUGAAAUUUGUCGAUUGGGAAGAGUUUUCCCGAAAUUAGAAGCAUUAGUGUUGGCUGAAUGUCCAUUAAGGUCAAUUUCACCUUCACCGUCUAUCGAGGAGAACAAUCCAACAGAUGAUGAGAGCACACCGCAUGAACAUUUUCAAAAUCUUCAGUUAUUAAAUUUGAGUAGUGCUGAUAUAAAAUCAUGGACUGAUAUUGAUCGACUGACUAAGUUUCCCGCAUUAAAAAAUUUGCGUGUACAGAACUGGCCUUUAUGGAGUCAAUGUGAUUCAACAGAGCAUGAGCGGAGACAGUUUGUAAUUGCGCGACUUCCUAACGUUGAAAUCUUAAAUGGAGGUGGACGUAUUGGAUUUGAGGAGCGGGAAGAUGCUGAACGAGCAUUUAUACGAUAUUACAUGCAAAAACCUGAAAGUGAACGACCCGCAAGAUAUUCUGAACUCAUUUCUAAGCAUGGAAAGAUUGAUCCACUCGUAAAAAUUGAUUUGAGACCAGAGAAGAAAGUACAAGUCAAGUUUAUAUUUAAGGAACGUGUAGAGAAUCGUUUUGUUGACGUUUAUAAGAAUGUAACCGAUCUCAAGUUUAGACUUGAAAAACUCUUUGGAUUGCCAGCAAGCAAGAUGCGCUUGUAUUAUGUUGAUCAGACAUACAAAGAUCAAAUGGGUCCAGAAGAAAUGAAAUAUCCAAAUAAGCAGCUUUAUUCAUACAAUAUAGCAACUGGUGAUGAAAUUAUAAUAGAACAGAAAGAAGUAAAGAAGUAGGAACUAGUGACAGGAAAAGAAGUGAUUUUUGAGAAGCACUUUAGUUAUUGUUUGUGAUUAACUUAUUCAUUAUUCCCCCCAAUUUUAAUUAAUUUUAUAUAUUUGUAUUAUGUAUGUUGUAUUGACAAUAAUCAGGAACAGAACAAAAUGCAGAAAGCAGCUUAAACAUUAACAUCCCACAAUUAAUACCAGAUUUUUUUUCUUUCGUUUGCAUACUAAUCACAAUAAUGCUGUGUUAUGAAUUAUGAACCACUAUUAGAAUUUAUGGCUUUAAUUUUUAUUUUAUUAUUUUUUUGACUCAUCAAGUCGUAUUAAAUAAAUUCAGAAUUUGUGAGAUGUUCAUCUUAGCGAAUGUCUCCUGAUUCGAGCCCUAACUACAGUACUACAUAACGUACAUAAUUUUAUGUUUAAAAGCUCACACUAAGUCCAUUUGUUUAGUUUUUAAUUUAAUUUUAUUUUACACGUUUUGUGUCUUUAGAAUUGU